AUGACCACACGGCCACCAAAGAAGGCAGCCAUGGCAAAGCCAAGUCAUGCUUUCCUGAACCAAACGGAUGUUUGGAUCAAAAACGUUUUCCCCUUUUUGGGCAUGGGGCACCAUGCCUUUGUGGCUCCUGUCAGUAAGCAAAUGAAGGAACUCUACACAGACUACUGCAAUUCCGUGGAAAAUCCACCACAAGUGUGGCAAGCAGGCGUCUGUCCAGGCCUCCGUCAAGCAGAAAGCACAGAUACGUUCUACUCAGCCGUGUUUUGUUCUGUGCCACGCUCUGAACACUGGCGUAUCCAUUCGGACAACAUGGAAGUAGAAGCAAGACAACACAGUGUUUGUACAUCAGCUGCCAGAGCUGGAAGUAUUCCAGUUAUUCAGUGGGCCCGGGAAAAGGAGUUUCCAUGGGAUGAAGACACAUGCCAAGCAGCCGCAGAACGUGGCCAUCUGCAUGUCCUCAAGUAUCUACAUGAGAAGGGCUGUCCAAGGGGUGAAAAUACAUGCAGGGUGGCUGCUGGAAACGGUCAUUUGGAAAUCCUAAAGUAUGCUCAUGAAAACGGCUGUCCUUGGGACUCUUGGACCUGCAGAUGGGCUGCUAGAAAUUGCAAUUUGGAAAUACUCCGAUAUCUACAUGAGACUGGCUGCCCAUGGGAUGCACACACAUGCGAAGAAGCCGCAGAAUGUGGCCAUCUGGAAGUCCUAAAGUAUGCUCAUGAAAACGGGUACCCAUGGGAUGCAUACACAUGCUCCAAUGCUGCUGGAAGUGGCCAUUUGGAAAUACUCCAAUAUCUACAUGAAAAUGGAUGUCCAUGGGAUCGACACACAUGCUGGAGUGCUGCCUACAAUGGCCAUUUGGCAGUUCUAAAGUAUGCUCAUGAAAAUGGCUGCCCGUGGGGUGAAGAUGAAUGGAAUGAAGACUACGAGGAAGGUGCAUGUGCACUUGCUGCUGAAGAUGGCCAUUUGGAAAUACUCCAAUAUCUACACGAAGAAGGGUGCCCAUGGGAUACAGACGUGUGCUCCAAUGCUGCAAGCAAUGGUCAUUUGGAAAUGCUCCAAUAUCUACAUGACAAAGGGUGCCCAUGGGAUGGACACACAUGCAGAAGUGCUGCUGAAAAUGGUCAUUUGGCAGUCCUAAAGUAUGCUCAUGAAAACGGGUGCCCGUGGGAUGAAGAUGAAGAUGAAUGA